UGUCCGUUCACUCGUUAGCACCUCCCCCGCUGACAUUGGAAUCGUCGACGAGGAAGACAGUCGAGUGAUUUGUGUUUUUCAGUUGUUCUCACUCUUAACACAUUUAGCGAGCCAUGGACGAUUUUGAUAUGCUCAGUGCCCCCCAAGGAAGCGCAGGAAACGGUGUGGGGGCAGACGAGGAUCCGGCGGCAGCAUUUCUGGCCCAGCAAGAGAGUGAGAUCGCGGGGAUCGAGAAUGACGAAGGCUUCAGCAUCCUGGACAGCGGAGAUGUGCCUUCAUCCCUGAGCCAAGACCAGGACGGAGCAGUGAAUGGAGAUCUGCAUGGGGAGAGCAAUGGUCCUUCAGACGUGUAUGCGGCCAUCUCCAGUGUCGAUCGGUUGCAGGCCGAGCCGGAGAGCUUGAGAAAAUGGAGAGAGGAGCAGCGCGAGAGGCUGGAGGAGCUUGAUGCUAACUCGCGUACGCAGGAGCUCGAGUGGAAGGAGAAAGCAAAGCUGGAGCUGGAGGAGUGGCACCUCAGGCAGAACGAGCAGCUGGAGAAGACCAAAGUGAACAACAGGGUGCUGGAUGAGGAUUUCUACAAACAACCCUUCGCUGAUCUGAUUGGUUAUGUCACUCACAUUAACCAUCCUUGCUACCGCCUAGACCAGUUAAGUAAAAAAAAAAAAAGCAAAAGAAAAAUAAAGACAAGAAAACCCAGUAUGCUCAGGGAACAAACACCCAAAGUUAUAUACACCAAUGAAUUGCUGUCUUUAUUAUCAACAUGUUUCUGCUAAAGUUAAGAUUCUGGAUGUCCUUUUGUGGUGAUGUGUUGGUGCACUAGUCCUGUACGUUGAUGUAGUUGAUUGUGACCGUGAUUUACCUCAUUGGCUUUUCAUACCCAUUUUGCUGUGUAUACUGUGUGAUAGUGGAGAGGCUAAUGCAACUCUACUGGACUGAGUCCACGGCAGCGGAAAGGGUCGGUAAAUGGGCCGGGAGGAAACGGGAAUAGGCGAAUAUGGUCUCAAAAAGCUCUCUGAAGAUUUCUGUUAAGAGCUCUUUAGCGUUUGGCUUGCCAGAAACUUGGUUUAGUUGCCCCAUGCUCAGCAGAAGGCCCCGCUUUUGGUCACUGCCAACGCAUGGCACGUUCAGCCUUUGCACAAAGAUUUGGUGGUUAAAAUAAGCUAAUUGGCCUGCCAAUCGCCGCGUUGAAGGUUUAUAUUAGCGUACACGAUUCCUUGACAUUCCUCUGACCACCAAGCGACGAGGAAUGUCCCACAAUACAAGGACUUUCAAAGUACAACAAAUUGUUUUAACCAACUGAAUCACUGCAAAAUUUGAUUGUGGCUGUUCUGGAACCUUUUCCUGCCUGUAAGAUCGAGACUAGUUCUGGUAAUGGUGGGUUGGGGGCAUGAAG